GCUAGCUACAGGAUCUACUAGUACAGCGGCUCUUUGCUCCGCUCUCCCGCAGUGUCGUUCAUUCCUCCAGUGGAGCCGUGCUAGGGACUUGUUUAAUUUGACGAUCUCCUUGGCUCCGGAGCUCUCUCAUCACCAUGCUGCUCUCUGUCCCUUCUCUCCCCAGGCCAAAAUCCUGAAAAUGAUGGAAGACAACAAGCAGCUGGCCCUAAGGAUAGAUGGGGCCAUCCAGUCUGCUAGCCAAGAGGUGACCAACCUGCGGUCCGAACUGACCGCCACCAACAGGAGACUGGCCGAGCUCAACAGCACUGACCCGUCUGUCAUGGAGAACAACCAGCACAACACGCAAGGUUUGGACUAUGGCAAAAUGAAGCUCAGCAGAUCUGGUACCCUACAAAUGCAAGAAAAGUACACAAAUGGCUUGCUGCUGCGAGAAGAGGUGUCACAGCUACAAGAUGAGGUUCACUUGCUCCGACAAAUGAAGGAAAUGCUGGCAAAAGAUCUGGAGGAGUCACAUGAUAGCAGGUCUGCAGAGGUCCUCUCUGUUACUGAGCUAAAGGUGCAGCUGGCACAGAGAGAACAGGAGCUUGCGAGAGCCAAGGAAGCACUGCAGGCAAUGAAGGCAGAUCGAAAGCGUUUAAAGUCAGAAAAAACGGACUUGGCAAGUCAAAUGGAACAGCUAUACACAACGCUAGAAAGUCGGGAGGAGCAAUUGCGUGACUUUAUCAGAAAUUACGAACAGCACAGAAAGGAAAGUGAAGAUGCAGUAAAAGUUUUAGCAAAAGAGAAAGACCUUUUAGAACGAGAGAAGUGGGAGCUACGACGCCAGGCCAAGGAAGCAACAGACCACGCAAGUUCUCUUCGGGCACAGCUGGACUUAAAGGACAACAGAAUUAAGGAGCUUGAAGCUGAAUUAGCAAUGAUAACAAAGUGUGUUGCCCAGAGAAAGGAAUAUCGUGUUUAUGAGCACCUUUCUGAGAAGGAGCCCUCCUACAGAGGGAUAGCGGUAAGAAAUAAGCCUUUAGGGAAAACAACCUUAUUUUCCCUAAUUAUUGUAUCUUUUUCCCCCCCUUUGUUUUGUUUCUCUGUAUGUUUGGCCACUGUUAAAAAGGAGCAAGUUUCAUCUCCAUUUUCCAGUCAAUGUCACAGCAGUAGCUUUAUAGCAACCAUUAUGGGGAACUCACAGUUCCCUGGCAAUGAUGCAGAUGUCUUGGAUUUACUCCUGGGCGGAAGCCAAUUAAUGUCUAGUCUCUGCAAUUUAUAUUCCACAAGUGAACACCUGGCAGACAGUCUUCCUCAGUCAUCAAUCCCUACAUCCAGGGGUGUCAGAGUUAGCCCUUGCCAUUCACGGCAGCCCUCUAUUAUAUCUGAUGCAUCAGCUGCAGAAGGAGAUAGGUCAUCAACACCAAGCGACAUCAAUUCUCCAAGACAUCGAACGCAUUCGCUCUGCAAUUCUUUAGAAGAUCUUGAAGACCAAAAGCGUAAGAAGAAAAAGGAGAAGAUGGGCUUUGGAUCCAUUUCAAGAGUGUUUGCAAGGGGAAAACAGCGAAAAUCUUUAGACCCUGGCCUUUUUGAUGGUACCACACCGGACUAUUACAUAGAGGAGGAUGCAGACUGGUGAUUGGUUGUAGCAUCUGCUUACUCUGUACAUAUACUUGUGAAAGGGCGUAUGUGCCCGUUUUAUCAAACCAUGGAACAAUUGAGCCUUUUUUUGUGUUUGCAUCGCCAAUUCUGUAAUUGCUGUAAAUAUUAGAGAAAGAUGUGUGUGAACCUGUUACUUGUCUUUAUAGCAAUGUAGUUGUAUUGUAAAUUUGUCUUUUUAUUUUAUCUUUUUUUUUUUUAUUAUUAUUAUUAUUAUUAUUAUAGGGGGAAAGUUUGUUUUUUUUUUCUCUAAGAAACUUGAAAAUCUGAUGUGUAUUUGUAAAUAACAAAAUGUGCACUUUGUGCUUGUAGUGUCUGUCUUAAAAAGCUGUUUUCUUGAGCCCUUUGUGUGAUGCAUUCUGUAUUUGAUAUGUUUCAAGCUGUUUUGAGUGACGAUAUCCUGUUCAAGGGGUGUGCCAGCGCUUUGUAAAAAAAAUAAAAUAUAUAUAUAUAGAUAUAUAUAGAUAAAUAUAUAUACUAAAUCUUUAUUCAGGAAUUCUAAAUUGUAUUCCUGGAUGAAGUAUUACCUUUAAUGCCUGCCAGACAGAAACUUUUUUUUUUUUUUUUGUAUUUUUAAUUUAUUUGCAUACAUGCACAAAGUUGUUAUAUCUAAAUUAUAAAGUAAAUGUUGAAGUUAUAUUUUCCUAAAGGAUGAAGGGUAUGUUUAUAUCAUUGUGUUCUCUAGAGCUGCUGCCUCGCCCGGUUCUUUAAUGUAGGUUAUAUAUGGUGGACUCAAAUACAAAUGCAGCGGAACCAAAUUAACUUUAUUAACAAAAACCUGUGUCAAUAUUCACUUGGUCGUGUCUUCCACUAUUCAACUUAUACCAUAUCCACAGUAUUUAUGAACUAGUAACUUAUGUUUUGUGGAUUGUUAGGAAUCAGUAUAUCUAAAUGCUUACUAAUGAACAUUUUUAACUAUUUUGUUGCCAAGUGGCUACAAAAUUCAUCACAUGAUGUUUUAACCUUAUAACAAAUCUUUUAAACUGUUUGCAGUCCAUAAUUCAGCCAUGACCUGAUAAUGAAUUAGGGAAGGUUGUAUAUAUUUUUAACAAUGUAAAUAAUAACCUGGAUAUAUAUAUAUAUAUAUCAAAGUUAACAGUUGCAAAAAAAAUGUAAUCUUGGGUACCUUUUCUUCUGCAAUUUCCAUUAAAAUGCAGCAAUGUUUGGUCAUGCAGAGUAGACUGGCAGUGGCAUAAAAAGAUCUUUUAUUUGGGCAUUUUUUUAAUCAAAGUACUCUCUGUGCAAGUGACUGUAAGUCUAGCUUUUUCAGACAGCUGGGGUUGCAAGUAGCCAGCUCUGUGCUUCUCAGUUUCGACUAAUGUGGUACAUAAAUGCUGCAGUACAAUUUGCUUUAUCCUUAAAAUACUGAAUGUCAAAAUCUGAAACUGUAAAUGAACAUUUGAUAAUGUAGAUGGUAUUUUUUUUUCUCAGUUUAGUGUACCCUAUUUAAAGGGAUAUUUAGUCUUAAACAUCUAAAUGUUUUUUCUUGUUAACAUGAAUAUUUUCACUGGCAAACAGUGGCUUAACAACUCAACUGCAUUUUAAAGGGAUUAGUCUGAUGACAAAAAAAAGGCAUAUUUGCUUUUUCAUAGUCAGACAAAUGUUUUUUAAAGCUUUUUUUUUUUCUUGUGUUUUAUUUUUUUAUAAAAAGCUCAUUGUUAUUUAGUACUUUUCAUUACAUGCUAGGAAAUAAUUCUAAAAAAUUACUAAGAUGGUCUAUUUAUGAGAACGAUAAUAAGUAGUUUAAUUGAUUGGUAACACUAGUUUUAAUAAUUAUGCCCACACAUGUGUGGAUGGAUUCUAAAGGCAUGGAGGCAAAUACAAAAAAAAUAAAAUAAAGCUUAUUUUAAAAUAAAA